AUGUUCACUCUUCGUGGCAUCCGCCGCCUCUCCACGGCAGCGCCUCGCAAAGAGUACCCAACGUCCUUCAUUUCGCACUUGCGCACGCAAAAGCUCAACGUGUUUAACAUCGGUGUUGCCUUCUUGACGCUGUCGCUGUCAUCACAGAUAGUAUCGUACAAGCAGCGCUACGAUCUGGUACAAGGAGAGAAGGAACAGCUUGAUGAGAAAGUGGAAAUGCUCGAGAAAUUGGUGCUGGAGUUAGGAGGUGUGCUGCCAAAUGAGGAAACGCUGGCCAAGGCGAAAGAGACGGAAGCCCGCGUGCUCCGUGAUCGUGACGAGGAAGUGAAGGCCAUGACUGCUUUGACAAUGGAUGACAAGAAGAGCAAGAAAAGCAAGCUUAUUUAG